CUUGUCUCACGUCUAUUAGAAAGCUACAUGUACACUUAGUAGUAAAAGCUUUAACAAUCAAUUCUUACCUCCAACCUGUACAUUAUCUUCGCUGUAACAAAAAUGGCACCGCAACCUUUUUCUCCACCCUACCAAAGAAAGGGACAUCACUCUAUGUCAGGCAAAACUGUUGUUUCCAGUAGCUAUGGAGGUGGAGGUAAAGGAAAAGGCCCUGGUGCUCGAGGUAUUGGAGGGCCUCGUUUGAGAAGACACCGGUAAGGUUCCUCCUCAGAUCUCUACUAUUUUGAAUGCUUUCAAUUUCUCAAAUUGUCUUAUACUUGUCAAUUGCCUCGAGAAUUGCACAAUCUACCUACACACAACAUGCGAUAGACAAACUGCUAACAUGAUUCCGAUUUUAGCAAGGUUUUGAAAGAUAACAUCAAUGGUAUCACCAAAGGUGAUAUUCGGUGGGGACUCUCGCGAUAAGGCUAAAGAUGCGAACUAAUCAUAUGCCACAGUCGUCUUGCUCGAAGAGGUGGAGUCAAACGUAUCUCGGCUCUGAUUUACCACGACGUUCGCGAGGCCAUUAAAGCGCGUCUAAAUGAGGUUCGUUGUACCUUGCAACAUCUAGAUUGCCGGUUUUAAUACUUUACAGGUUCUGCGCGAUUGCGUUGCUCUUGUCGAACACUCAAAGCGCAAGACGGUCACGGUCAACGAUGUGAGUCAGAUAUUCUCCGAUUGAAGUGGUUGGUGAUGAGUUAAAGCUGAUAAUGGCACACUAGGUGAUCUGGGCCCUUCGACGACAAGGAAGACCGAUUUAUGGCUUCGAUAAUAUUAAUGAGAAAUGAAUGGUUGUUUUGGCUGCCGAUGUGCACUGCGACGAUUUUGCGACGAUUUUGCGACGAUUUGUUAGGAUAAUAUGAGGGAUAUGGGAUAUUUGGCGUAUGAGACUUUUUGUUCUUGACUCCGACUUUUCAUACGAUAUUGAGGAUGUUUCGAGUGGCAGAAACAUCUGUAAACAAAUUACUGGUUUAUUAUAUGGAUUGUAAGGAUAAGAAUAAACGUGGUUACUAGAUUAACAGCAGGUCUUGUAU